AUGCAAUUCAGUAAAAUUACUUUUCUCCUCGGAGCUCUCCCCUUCACCUUUGCUGCAUACGGAGCCGUAGAUACCAAUUCUGCACCCAGUACGGUGACUCCAUCAAGCACCACAAGCACUUCUCCUUCUGACCCAACCCAUACUAUUCUCGUUGGCGCCGGCGGCCAACUUACAUUUUCUCCCAACGAAACCAAGGCUGACGUAAACACAACCCUCGAGUUCCAUUUCUAUGCCAAAACGCAUUCGGUCGCUCAAGCAGCAUUUGCAUCACCCUGUAAGGGCUCAGGUUUCUUCUCUGGUCCGAUCGCUACCACUGGCACCGAAGCCAACGCCUCCGUCUUUAGCGUGCUUGUAAAUGAUACGAAACCGAUCUGGUUCUACUGUGGAUAUCCCGGACAUUGUGAGGGCGGAAUGGUAGGAGCCGUUAAUGUUAAUGCAACCGACAACCAAAAAACUUUAGCGAAAUUCUCACUCGCAGCAAAAGCACUUGAUAGUGAUGCCACUACAAACCCAAAAGGUAUUGUGGGAGGCACGCUCGCUCCAUUGAAAGCAGAAUCGGGUUCUGGGACAAGUAGCUCCUCGGGAGCGAGCAGUGCGACGGGUACUGCGGCGUCGGCGUCGGCCACGGGUUCAAGUGCGGCGGAUAUUACGACUGUGGGAUGGAUCACGUUUGGGGGCGCGGUGGUGGUCGCUGGUCUUUUGGGUAUGUAA